AUGAACGCAGCCUGCGCAGCGCGCGACCUUCAGACAGCUGCUGCUUCCGCUCACGAGACGCUGAUCCGACGGUUUCCCAGCUUCUCGUGCAGCUCGUCAGGCCAUGACGACGGCUGCAAUGUGAUGUCCAUGGUCCAGGAGCCCCUCCGCUACUCAGUCUCCGACUUCGACCCCUCCCUCAAGGGCGCCCUCCCCGCCGACUUCCAAUGGGGCUACGCGACCGCCGCAGCACAAGUGGAAGGUGCUUGGAAUAAGGACGGCAAAGGGCUGUCGAUCUGGGACAUCUGGUGCCACGAUAAACCUUCGCGUAUCAAAGACGCCAGUACCAAUGAGGAUGCUGUUCGGUCCUACGACUUCUACAAAGAGGACGUGGCCCGUAUGAAAGAAUACGGAGUCACAGCCUACAGAUUCUCGCUGGCAUGGAGUCGUAUCGUUCCUCUCGGCGGCAAAGACGAUCCCAUAGACGAACAGGGCAUCCAGUACUACAACAACCUGAUUGACGGGCUACUGUCCAACGGCAUCACGCCUUUCGUUACCCUGUUCCACUGGGAUAUACCGCAGGAACUUCAGACCCGCUACGGGGGCAUGCUCGACAAAGACAAGUACACGCCGGACUUCGUGCGGUAUGCGCGCGUCUGCUUCGAAAGAUUCGGUGAUCGCGUCAAGAAUUGGAUCACAUAUAAUGAGCCGGGCGUGUACACGCUCGCGGGCUAUGCAGCGGGCGUCCACGCGCCCGGGCGCUCUAGCUACCGUGACAGAAAUGCAGAGGGAGACAGCAGCACGGAAGCCUUCAUCAGGGAGUUCCAGCCUGCUCAAAAGGGCACGAUCAUGAUCACUCUGCACGGCAACUGGUCCGAGCCAUGGGACGAGAACGACCCCAGGGACGUCGCAGCUGCGCAGCGCAAGAACGAGUUCGAGAUCGGCUGGUACGCUGAUCCUCUUUACGGCAAGGGCGAGGUGGACUACCCAGCGUGUAUGCGUGCGCAGCUGGGAGAGAGGCUGCCGAGGUUCACGGAGGAAGAGAAGAAGCUCAUCCGGGGCAGCUCACAGUUCUACGGCAUGAACUCAUACAGUGCGUUCUACAUCAAGAACCGAGGCGACCAGCCGCCUGACACCAACGACCACAAGGGCAAUGUGGAAGUCCAUGACACCAACAAGGCGGGCAAAAGUCGCGGAAUAGAAAGCGAUACUCCCUGGCUUAGGACAGCCGAAUGGGGGUGGGCAAAGCUGCUACGCUGGAUAUGGAGCCGCUACCAGACGCCAAUCUACAUCACUGAGAACGGCACCACGGCCAAGGGCGAGCAUGACUGGGCCCCCAAGGGGCCUGAUGACAUUCUCGAGGACCCGCACCGCAUAGACUUCUUCAACAAGUAUCUGACUGCCACUACCAAGGCGUCCCAAGAGGGAGUGAUCACCAAGUCUUACUUUGGCUGGACCUUUACGGACAACUGGGAAUGGACAGCUGGGUUCUCCGACCGUUUUGGGGUCACGUGGGUGGAUUUCGAGGCACCGGAGAAGACGCGCUAUGCUAAGCGAUCAGCUUAUUUCGUCAAGGACUUCUUCGCCCAUCUGAUCAGACAAUAG